AUGAAGCUCCUGCCCAUUGCCUCUCUCCUCCUGUUUCUCCUGGUGAUGCUGGAAGCCAGACCAAAACCUGCAGGUGAGCCCCAGCCGUGCAGGACGGGUCCCCUGGACAUCGUGUUUGUGAUCGACAGCUCCCGCAGUGUGCGCCCUUAUGAGUUUGAGACCAUGCGGCGGUUCAUGAUGGACAUCAUCGGCAGCCUGGAUGUGGGCCCCAAUGCCACGCGGGUUGGAGUGAUCCAGUACUCCAGCCAGGUCCAGAACAUCUUCUCCCUCAAGACCUUCUUUACGCGGGCUGACAUGGAGAAAGCCAUCAACAGCAUCGUCCCGCUGGCCCAGGGCACCAUGACAGGGCUGGCCAUCCAGUACGCCAUGAACGUGGCCUUCACCACGCAGGAGGGCGCGCGCCCUCCACACAAGAAGAUCCCCCGCAUUGCCGUCAUCGUGACAGACGGACGGCCCCAGGACCGUGUCACUGAGGUGGCCACCCAGGCCCGGAACGCUGGCAUUGAGAUCUAUGCUGUGGGCAUCCAGCGUGCAGACAUGAACUCGCUGCGGGCCAUGGCCUCGCCACCGCUGGAGGAGCACGUCUUCCUGGUGGAGUCCUUUGAGCUCAUCCAGCAGUUUGGGAAGCAGUUCCAGGACAAGCUCUGCGGUGUGGACAUGUGCGUAGAGCGGGAGCAUGGCUGCCAGCACAGCUGUGUCAGCACCCCUGGCUCCUUCUACUGCGAAUGCAACCCGGGCUACAGGCUCAACGCGGAUGGAAAGACCUGUUCCUAGUGUGGGGCUGGGCAUGUCGACCUGGUGAUGGUGAUCGAUGGCUCCAAGAGUGUCCGGCCCCAAAACUUUGAGUUGGUGAAGCAGUUUGUGAACCGCAUCGUGGACCUGCUGGAGGUGUCCCCCCAUGGCACGCGGGUGGGGCUGGUGCAGUACUCCAGCCGCGUCCGCACCGAGUUCCCCCUCAACAAGUACCACAGUGCUGACGAGAUCAAGAAGGCGGUGAUGGAGGUGGAGUACAUGGAGAAAGGCACCAUGACUGGCCUUGCCCUCAAGCACAUGGUUGAGCACAGCUUCUCUGAGCUGGAGGGUGCCAGGCCUCUCUCCUACAACAUCCCCAGAAUCGGGCUUGUCUUCACGGAUGGGCGCUCCCAGGAUGACAUCUCCGAAUGGGCCAGGAGAGCAAAGGAGUCAGGGAUCAUCAUGUUCGCCGUGGGGGUUGGCAAGGCAGUGGAAGAGGAGCUGAGAGCCAUCGCCUCCGAGCCGGUGGAGCAGCAUUUCUCCUACUCUGCAGACUUCACCACCAUGACCCACCUCGUGGAGAACUUCAAGCUGAACAUCUGCCCAGAGGAGGGCAAAGGGGAGAUGGAGAUCCGCAGCCCAUGUGAGUGCGAGGCUCUGGUGCAGUUCCAGACGAACACUGUGGCCAUCCUGCAGAGCCUGACUGAGAAAAUUGCUCAGAUGAUGGCCAGGCUUGAAGACUUGGAAAAGCAGAUUGUCAACAAGAAGUGAUCCUUGCAGAGGGCUGCAGUGCUCAGACGGGACACAGGGACAUACAGUAGCUACGUGGCAUUGUUAUUGCUAGGUUAUUGUAAAGCAUCAGUGUUUGUUCUUGUAUCGCAAAAUCCCCAAGGGGAUGUGGAGUGUAUUUAAAAA